UUUAGUGAUAAAAUUUUAUUGUCUAUAAUAAUUUGUAACAUAAUAUUGUAUACAUAGUUUUAAACUUAUAAUUAAUAAAUAUUUAUUACAAUAUUUAUUUUUCUGUCUGUUUAUAUAAAAUGCAUUUUCAUGUUAUAUAAUAUAAUAAAUUAUAAUAUAAUAUAAUAUACAUUUAACAUAUUUAACAUAUUUUUAUCUCAAAAUUGAUCAAUCAUUACUUACAAUUUCAUUUAGAAUAUAAUUUAUAAUUUAUUAUGAAACAUAAUUAAUAUAAUAUAAAUGUGAUAAUAUAAAAAUUAAAUUUAUAAAUAAGUGGAUAUAGAUUAAUUGUUCGUUUAUUUAUAUUUUAUUGUGUUAAACUAUAUUUUUAUUUUUUUAUAGUUCUUAAAUUUUUUAUAAUUCUUAAAUAUAAUUAAUAAAAAAUAUUUACAAAUAUUCUUCUAUUUUAUGAUAAAAAGAGUAUGUUAUUAUGUCCAAUUUCGCUAAUUUUUUGUUGUAUUAUAUUAUUUAUUAAAAGUUAUUUAUUAAAAGUUAAAUUACAUUUAUUUUCUGUAAUAUUUUUUUAUAAUAUGUUGAAAAAUAUUAAUUAAAAUAAACAAUUGAAAGUAAAAAGGCGCCAGAAAAUAGAUGUGUAUAUAAUUCGAAUCGAAUUUCGCGCGAUAGAGUGCGCUGCUCUCUCUUUUCUUAAAAGAUGGCACUCGCAGUCGAGUUAAAAGAAGCGAUGCGCAGAACGCUUGACGCGGGCAGUUGAGUACUUAGUAUGGUGGUGUUCGGUGCGUGUGACGUUUUGUUGCGUUGCGUAAUCGGUUAAAAAGAGCAAGCGAGACGGAGGAAAGCAUCAAAUCGUAGAGGCGAAUUCAGCCGUGCCUCGCGCUACCGUAAACGCAACAACACUGCCUGCCCCGGAUCAAGAGAUAUGCCGCAGAGUGGAGGCGAAUAUUGCUAGCGCUGUGAAGGAUGCGACUGGAUUUUCCGCUGACGGAUCGAUAACGAAGAACGAGCAGCUUAACACGGGAAAAAUGUCGGCAAUGAAGUCUAGUGGUUCACCGGGAACCGCUCGUGUUUUGCCCGUGCUGAGCCACUUUAAAUACGAACAUUUCAUCGCUGGUAUAUCUGGUGGCGUGGUUUCCACCUUGAUGCUGCAUCCGUUGGACUUGAUCAAGACUAGAUUCGCAGUUAGCGAUGGCCACUCACGUGUGGGUCCACAAUACAAGAGUCUUAAAAGCGCGGUUAUGCAGAUUGUUAAGACUGAAGGAGUGAGAGGACUUUACAGAGGUGUAACGCCGAACGUUCUAGGAUCUGGUGGUGCAUGGGGUUGCUAUUUUUUUUUUUACAAUACCAUUAAAACAUGGAUCCAAGGGGGAAAUAGUAGAAAACCUUUGGGACCCUCGAUGCACAUGUUCGCAGCAGCGGACGCUGGAAUUCUUACUUUAGUUAUGACAAAUCCAUUAUGGGUAGUAAAGACACGUUUGUGUUUGCAAUAUAUGGAUGAUAAGCAUCUUCCGGAAACACUUAGAUAUAAUGGUAUGAUAGAUGCAAUUAAGAAGAUUUAUAGAACCGAAGGAGUUAGAGGCUUAUAUCGAGGUUUUGUACCUGGAAUGUUUGGCGUCUCACAUGGUGCUAUUCAAUUUAUGGUGUACGAAGAAUUGAAGAAUUGGUACAACAAUUAUUUGAAUGUUCCGAUUGAUACGAAGCUGAGCACAUGGGAAUAUAUUUUCUUUGCAGCAGUUUCAAAAUUAAUUGCUGCCGCUUCGACUUAUCCGUAUCAAGUUGUUAGAGCACGACUUCAAGACCAUCAUCACAACUACAGUGGCAGCAUACAUUGUAUUCAAUCAAUAUGGAGGUUUGAAGGUGGGAAUGGAUUUUACAAGGGUCUGUCUGCGAACCUGACCAGGGUGACUCCAGCGACCGUGAUCACAUUUGUGGUAUACGAAAAUGUGUCUCACUAUCUUCAGCAUAGAAAAACGAGGGAUGAAGAGCGAACUUUGCCGAUUUUGAUGAAGAAACUCGAAGAGAAUUAAAAAUAAUACUUAUUAGAAAUUAUUUAAGAAUUAUUUAAGAAAUGCAUUGUAAAAGAAGCCCGGUGCAGUUUUAAAAAUGUGGAUUCGAUAAUUAUGUUUAUGUUCCAGUUAAAUCAAUCGACACAGGUAUUUACGAUCUGACAACGAAAAUUUUAGCUUUAGAAAUUACAAUAAUCCACAAUAGAAUGCAUUUAAUCAAUUUAGAAGAAAACUAAAUAUUGGCUAAAUUUUCGUUUCGCUGGCAUUACUCUGUGUCUACAAAUCUAAGAUAUUGAUCCUUACACUGUUACAAUGAAAAAUAUUGUAAAUAGAGUGAUUGAACUUAUUAA